AUGAGUACUACUGCUGACAGUUGUACUCUAGAGGAUUACAGUAUUGCUGCUGACAGUUGUACUGUUGAGGAUGACAGUACUACUGCUGACAGUUGUACUCUAGAGGAUGGCAGUACUACUGCUGACAGUUGUACUCUAGAGGAUGACAGUACUACUGCUGACAGUUGUACUCUAGAGGAUGACAGUACUACUGCUGACAGUUGUACUCUAGAGGAUGGCAGUACUACUGCUGACAGUUGUACUCUAGAGGAUGGCAGUACUACCGCUGACAGUUGUACUCUAGAGGAUGGCAGUACUACUGCUGACAGUUGUACUCUAGAGGAUGGCAGUAUUGCUGCUGACAGUUGUACUCUAGAGGAUGACAGUACAGCUUCUGACAGUUGUACUCUAGAGGAUGACAGUACUACUGCUGACAGUUGUACUCUAGAGGAUGACAGUACUACUGCUGACAGUUGUACUCUAGAGGAUGACAGUACUACUGCUGACAGUUGUACUCUAGAGGAUGACAGUACUACUGCUGACAGUUGUACUCUAGAGGAUGACAGUACUACUGCUGACAGUUGUACUCUAGAGGAUGACAGUACUACUGCUGACAGUUGUACUCUAGAGGAUGGCAGUACUACUGCUGACAGUUGUACUCUAGAGGAUGGCAGUACUACUGCUGACAGUUGUACUCUAGAGGAUGACAGUACUACUGCUGACAGUUGUACUCUAGAGGAUGACAGUACUACUGCUGACAGUUGUACUCUAGAGGAUGACAGUACUACUGCUGACAGUUGUACUCUAGAGGAUGACAGUACUACUGCUGACAGUUGUACUCUAGAGGAUGACAGUACUACUGCUGACAGUUGUACUCUAGAGGAUGACAGUACUACUGCUGACAGUUGUACUCUAGAGGAUGACAAGGAUGACAGUACUACUGCUGACAGUUCUACUCUAGAUGACAGUACUACUGCUGACAGUUGUACUCUAGAGGAUGGCAGUACUACUGCUGACAGUUGUACUCUAGAGGAUGACAGUACUACUGCUGACAGUUGUACUCUAGAGGAUGACAGUACUACUGCUGACAGUUGUACUCUAGAGGAUGACAGUACUACUGCUGACAGUUGUACUCUAGAGGAUGACAGUACUACUGCUGACAGUUGUACUCUAGAGGAUGACAGUACUACUGCUGACAGUUGUACUCUAGAGGAUGACAGUACUACUGCUGACAGUUGUACUCUAGAGGAUGACAGUACUACUGCUGACAGUUGUACUCUAGAGGAUGACAGUACUACUGCUGACAGUUGUACUCUAGAGGAUGACAGUACUACUGCUGACAGUUGUACUCUAGAGGAUGACAGUACUACUGCUGACAGUUGUACUCUAGAGGAUGACAGUACUACUGCUGACAGUUGUACUCUAGAGGAUGACAGUACUACUGCUGACAGUUGUACUCUAGAGGAUUACAGUACUACUGCUGACAGUUGUACUCUAGAGGAUUACAGUACUACUGCUGACAGUUGUACUCAAGAGGAUUACAGUACUACUGCUGACAGUUGUACUCUAGAGGAUUACAGUACUACUGCUGACAGUUGUACUCUAGAGGAUGACAGUACUACUGCUGACAGUUGUACUCUAGAGGAUGUCAGUACUGCUGCUGACAGUUGUACUCUAGAGGAUGACAGUACUACUGCUGACAGUUGUACUCUAGAGGAUGGCAGUACUACCACUGACAGUUGUACUCUACUACCACUGACAGUUGUACUCUAG